AUGUCCGGCGGAGUCGGCACAAUCCCAACCUCACCCAACGAGCAAAUCCACAAGCAAAACGCCGACGACUCCUUAUCAUCAUCCCUAACCAAACCCCACAACCCACCAACUCUCCGCCGCCGCUUCCUCUCCUUCCGCCAACUCAACGCUCUCGCCGCCAUCAUCGUCCUCUCCGCCAGCGGCAUGGUCCCAGCCUCCGACGUCAUCUUCUCCUUCUUCUCCCUCAUCUACAUCCACUUCCUCUCUCUCUUCUCCUUCCCUCCUUCCCCUCACCACCACCCUCAGUCCAUCUUCUCCGACGACAACCUCCUUCUCUCACUCUACCUCUCCGCCGGAGCUCUCAUCGGACUCUUCCUCCCAAUACUCUACAUCUUUGAAGGAGUUGUGGAAGGAGACAAGCAUGGAAUUCAAGGAGCAGCACCACACUUGUUUCUUUUGUCUUGUCAGGUGUUCAUGGAGGGAGUGACAUUUUCAAGGAGGUUUUCAUUGCCGAUGAGGAUGUUUGUGCAGGUGAUGUAUAAUGGGAGGAGGUUGUUUACGGUGGCGGAGUGGGUGAGGAGGGAAGUGAAGAAGGUGGAGGAAGGGGAGGAAGAGUAUGGGUCUGGGUUGAGGUUGAUGGUUGGGAGAGGUUUGGCAAUGGUUAAUAUGGGGUUUUGGAUGUUUAAUUUGUUUGGGUUUUUGUUGCCUGUUUGUUUGCCUAGAGCUUUGAAGAUGUAUUAUGGUGUUGGGGAGAAGAUGAAGGUGUAG